AUGCUCCUCCCCUCGCUCACCGCCCUCGCAGCCGGCGCCGCCUUGUUCUCGCGCCCCGCCCUCGCCUCGUCCGCUUCCUCGACCCGAUCUGUCCCUCAGAAGGCGCCCGGACACAAGCUUGCAGCUGCAAACAACCCGGAUGAUCCUACAGGCAAGACCCUUUACAUCACUGAGCCGGCUUGCGGAUUCUACCGGUGUACUGUGACCUGGCCGAUCGGCUCAAAAGUCGACGUCAACUGGCUCGGCCCUCCGCCAGGCAACGUCUCCGUCUCGCUCGCCAGCAAUAUCGGCGGUCCGACCUAUGUCAUCGCGCCGAACGUUCCCGCGACUUCGCAAGAAGGAUACUGCGAUGCGGGCUACGGUCUUGGUGUCGUUGCGCCUGGACACGAGUGCGGCAGGGUCGAAUUUGUCGUGCCGGACGGCUGGAAGCAGAUGACAAACUACACCAUCGUCGUCCAGUCGCUCUCGGACUCGUCCCUCGCCGGAUACACCGACAUGAUCAACAUCACCGCGCCCAACGCCUCUUCCCCUUCCGCCGUUCCUGCCGCUCAGAUCCCCUCCGGCACCGUCGCGUCGCUCGUUACCAUCCCCGCCCCGACUUCGACCAACGUCGGCGCGAGCGUCGCCUACACCGGCAAGACCCCUGCUCCGACCGCGGUCACGGACGCUCCCUCAUCAUCCGCCUCGUCGGGCGCCUCGACCUCCGGCCGCCCCUCGGCUUCGGCGUCAGGAUCCAGCUUGCGAGUCAUGUCGCUCUCGUCCGCUGGCUCGUCAGGCGGCGGCAGCGGGUCAACGGGUGCGGCUGCACAAAGUGCCAGCGUAUCCGGCUCGCGUACGUCUGCGGCUAGCUCGCCUAGCCAGACAGGUGGUGCAGCGGGACCGCUCGUCAAGAAGACGGGAGCGGCACUCGCCCUCGUCGCCUGCACCGUCGCCUACUUCUUCUGA